AUGGUCUUUAUCAAGCGACUAGGAACUACGCUCGCACAUUCAACGAUUGGAAAUAUUAAAUCAACUCCUGUCAAUCUGUCUGUGCGCUUGCUGUCCACUUCUUCAACCACCUUGUCAGACUAUGUCAAGAUCGUUGAAGUAGGCCCUCGAGAUGGUUUGCAAAACGAAAAGACGAUCGUUUCCACUCACAUCAAAGUUGCAUUAAUCAACCAACUUGUUGCGGCUGGAUUGCCCACAGUAGAAGCAACUUCGUUCGUCUCUCCUAAAUGGGUUCCUCAAAUGGCCGAUGCCAGUGAGGUUUACAAGCUGAUCACAUCUGUACCUACCAAAUCAAACGUAUCCUUUCCUGUGCUUGUGCCCAACAUGAAGGGUCUUGAGUCGGCUCUUGAUGUUGGCGUUAAAGAGAUUGCCAUCUUUGGUGCUGCAUCGGAAUCCUUUUCUCAAAAAAACAUCAACUGUUCUGUUGAAGAAUCUAUUCAGAGGUUCAAGCAGGUUGUUGAGGCUGCCUUAAAAAAAGGUGUAAAAGUUCGUGGAUAUGUCAGUACAAUUGUUGGAUGUCCUUACGAAAUGGACAUUCAUCCUGAUGCUGUUGCAAAGCUGUCCCAACGCAUGUAUGAGAUGGGGUGCUACGAGAUCUCUCUUGGCGACACCAUUGGUGUUGCUACUCCAAACAAGAUCCGCACUGUGAUCGAGGCCGUAUCUCGAGUCGUUCCAAUCGAAAAACUAGCCAUGCAUUGUCAUGACACAUAUGGCCAAGCAAUUGCAAACAUUCUGACAUCCAUUGAGAUGGGUAUUCGUGUGAUUGACAGUUCUGUCGCUGGUCUUGGAGGAUGUCCGUAUGCCAAGGGUGCAACCGGAAACGUUUCCACAGAAGAUGUUGUGUAUUUGCUGCAUGGUUUAGGCAUGCAUACUGGAGUGGACAUGCAGGCCUUGGCAACUACUGGCCACUUUAUCUCUAAGCAGCUCAACAGACCAAAUGGGUCCAAGGCUGGACUUGCCAUGGUCAACAAACUCGGUUUAAACUAGCCUAUACGAAUUUCUUGAUCACUGUGUAGCUUUCAUUAAUGGAUGAAUGUCACACAUUUAUAAGGAUGCUGGUUGCCUUUUAAUAAAACAUGAACGGUACUUGGAUCUAG